ACGCUGAACAAGCUCCAGGAGAAACCUCCAACAUCAAGGCUUUCAGACUCAGCAAGCGCUUCUCGUCCUAAAAACUUUUCAUCACUCUUUAAAAGUUUUUCCUGAAUUUUUUUUGUGAUUUUCUGUGAAUUUAAGAUGGAUAAUUAAAAUGGUGAGGAAGAAAAAACUGCUGGUGUUUGAAAUUUGUGGAAGCAUGAUGUGGGAUGGAUAAACAACCAAACUUUGCUAUGGCCUCUAAUGACCCUGAGCUUUCCGACCUCUCUAAUGACCCUCAACCUGGUGACCUCAUUGAGAUCUUCAGACCAGCCUAUCAGCACUGGGCUCUCUACCUGGGAGAUGGUUACAUCAUCAACCUAACUCCUGUUGAUGAGAGCCAGGCAGCCGCCAUGUCCAGCGUCAAGUCCGUCUUCAGCAGGAAGGCCGUGGUGCGCAUGCAGCUGCUGAAGGAUGUGGUGGGAAACGAUUCAUACCGCAUCAACAACAAGUAUGAUGACAACCACACGCCUCUGCCUAUCUGUGAGAUCAUCCAGCGAGCUCAAGUCCUUAUCGACCAGGAAGUGUCCUAUGACCUGCUGGGGAGCAACUGCGAGCACUUUGUUACCCUUCUGCGCUACGGCGAGGGGGUUUCCGAGCAGGCUUCACGGGCCAUUGGUGCCAUCAGCCUGGUGACGGCAGCAGCCAGUGCCUUCUCUGUCCUGGGACUGAUCAACACGCGGUCCAGAAACAGGCCUUUCUGAACACUGUGAUUGCCAAGCUGUCGUCCCCCAACUCAUGCAGCUGUAAUAAAAGAAUGUCAACACUAAAA